GAGCAGAGCGCUCCGGCACCUUGUGGACAGCGGGAGAUAGAGCGGAGAGGGCUCAGAGGCUGAGUGCCAGGCACUUGGAACCCAAAUCGCAGGAGGCGCCCAAGGUUGCUUGGGCUUGGGACGAGCGCAGUCCGAGCACACAUCGCUCGCACCUCAGGAUCCUGCGCACGGCCGCCGGCGAUGAGCCAGAGCAGCCGCCUGUGCUCGGGCUACUACAGCCUCAACCGCAGCUUCGUGGAGCCUUUCCAGUGCCCGCGGCGCGGCGAUGGGGCCGCGCUGCUUUACUGCUGCGGCUUCGCAGACCUCAAGUACUGCUGCAGCGAGCCGGGCAGCUACUUCCCCUACAAGCACAGCUACAUGUGGAGCCUCAGUAUUGGUGCUCUGAUUGGAUUGGGAAUCGCUGCCCUUGUCUUACUUGCCUUUAUCAUCAGUGUCUGUGUCCUUUGCUACUUAUUUCUGUACACAAAACCUCAAAGAUUAGACAAUGGCCUUAAACUUCAGCACCUAGAGACAUCUUCUACUCUAGAAGGCAACAUAAACAGAAAAGCCAAAGGCCUCAAUGCAGUAUCAAAUUCAACAAAUGAGACCUUCUAUGAAGCUGAUGAUGGGACUCAAGAGAAAACAAUGGAUAUAACACAAAUCAAUAUUGCCUGUUAGUUAAAAUCCCUGUUUUGAAAGUUUACCUGAGAGAGGGAGCAUUAAGAAUGAAAAAAAAAUACAAAAAAGUUAAAUAAAAAUAAAGAAUGCAUUUUAUUUGUGGAUUUGUUUUGUUUGUUACGGUUUUUGUUGUUGUUUUAAAUAUAGACUUUAUAUACAUAGCCUUGACCAUCCUGGAACUCACUAUGCAGACUGGGCCUCCUGAGUGCUGAGAUUUAAGGUCUGGCCCACCACACCCGGCAAGAACACAUUUUAGAUCAGCUGCUAACAUCACUUUCCCCAUAUUUGUCACUCACAAAGCAAGGCCAGCUGCAGUUUUAGUUAAUUCAUUUAUUAGACACUCACUAAGGUUCUGUUGUUUAUGGGUAGAAGUUUACUGUGUCAAGUUUCUGUACAGCAUGAAGCUUUGCUUUUCUAUCAAAAUAAAGAGUUUAGCAACGGUGGAGAGACAAACCAAUCACAGUGAAGCACAAUAAGUGGGUUUGUUUCAUUACCAACAUUUCACAAUCAUUUAAUACAGGAUGUUACUGUUAAUUCUGGGAAAGUAAACCUGGUGGCUGGUCUUGUCUCAAGUCUCUUAGAAAUCAAUGUUUCUGAGAAUUUUUGUGUGUGAAACAAAAAUAUAUUACCUUCAUAAAAGUU